AUGAUUCACCUCGUGGAGCCUGGUCAGAUCGAUAAGUGCCAGCUCGACGCCAACAACGCAAUCAAGAAACUCCAUAACUCCUGGGUCGAGUUGUAUUCCGAGUUCUCCCGCGCCAGAUGUGCCAAGCACAAGCUUGAGGAUAUGCCUGGUUUUUACAACGCGACUGAUCAUGCCAAGCUCAAUGACCUGCUGGCCAGCGUAUAUCAAUGCAACAUUAAGGGUGCCGGGCUUUCUUUUCAUAUGGUUUUCAACGAGUCUGCACUUGGUCCGCUACCCCCUCCAUCGGAGGCGCCACGGGUCACCGCCGGUACUACUGCUGUCGUCGCUGGGCGUGUACCACAGUCUCCCGCCGAGCCCCGGGUGAACACGCGUUCUCUAGGUGUCGGAGACUCCUCGGACUCCAUGCCAUUACGCCCGACGUUUGCGCCCCCACUCGACGUACAGAACCUACAGGCCAAGGCUGAAGAGCGGAUCGGGAUGACCUUGGGGCCAAUCGCGGCCAAUCUGACAUCAGAUGGUUUCACGGCCAGAGUCGAAGCUGCCAUUAACAAUGGCCAGUUUGCCGUCGACCCCAGGGUACUGUGUGUCUCUGCCUUGGGUGACCAGUUUGACAGCCGGUCAAUUGACUUAAUCUUCCGGGGACCACCCAGCACCAAGAAGGCGUUCGGGCAUGACCCGACAGGGAAGAACACCAGUCUUCACAAGCUCAUUGCCCUCCGUGGUCUAUCCGUGGCCGAUAUGGAUGUGACCUUAGAGGGGUCCCACAGGACCGACAACAACGGUCGCAAGGUGUGUCAACAGCUGGCCAAGACACUGCGAGAGCAGGGAGAGCGGAUACCCCUGUUAUGUGCCCGACGUGAUCAUGAACCCCCUUGUCUUCUCGGGUCCGCCGGCCUGCAGUGGCAGGAGUUCCACUUCGCGUCGUGGAUGUACUAUCGCGGGUACGCAUCGAUCAAUGAGGUACCACCUGCUCGGUUGAGGAGCAUCUCGGCCGAUAGCGAGUUCAUGGGGCUCGAGCUACGGACUUACAGAGUCGACCAUACUGACGGCGAGGGAUCCCUGGUUCUCGUCAACUCCUACACCAUGCAGGAAUACAUCACUAAGGUCAAUAUCACUGGUCAUGGCCCGUCGCCCCGUGUGGUCGCACCCACUCAUGGUGCAGUCGCACCCGCUCCUCGUGUCCUGCGCCAGAGAGUUGCCCUCACAGCGGGGUUGGCCCAGCCUCACACUCGGCCUGCGAACCGGGCUACGAUCCAAGUGAAGGAGGUCAAAAGCGCGCGUGUUGCGGGUCUAGUUCGUCGAUUCGGUGAUUUAUUGCCCCGCUCGAAUGCCACCCCAAUUGCGUUGACCGUUGACGAUGUCGAUGACCUCAAGGAACUCGCUGAACUUGCCGCAGCCGACCCGGUCGAAGACCCAUCCAGCAUCGAGGAUGCAUUGGAAGCAAAAGCCCGACUGCACGCGUCCGAGAUGAGAUGUUAUCAGAAAUGGCUCGCCAGCGAAGAGGCGAAUCAGAUCCAUGCGGUCAACUUGCAUCUGGUUGGGAACGACGACAUUUCCGAUAGCAUAUUAUGCCGGUGA